AUGACAAGUAAUAGUAUUAUUGCGGUGGAUAUCCUUCCACAUAAUGAUGGAAAAGUAGUAAUGUACGGUGCACCUAAUAAGGAUAUAACACACUUAGUUUCCGAAUUAGAAAUAAUUAAACUUGAACAAAUUCUUCAUGAAAAAAAUUCUUUACCUAGAGGUGUAACCGAUCUUGAUUAUGAAUUUAGGGUUCCCGGUAAUUUACCACAAACUUAUAGAACUAAUUUUGGCGCAAUGUUUUAUAAAUUGGUUGCCGUCGUUCAACCAGCUUCAUUAAUGUCAAAAUAUACUAGAGUUGAAAAGGGAAUUAAUUUUUUAAGACACUAUUUACCUUGUAGGAGAGAAUUUUUACCUGCUCCUCCACAAAAAAUUUAUAAGGGUGAAAGAAAGGAUAUUAUAAAUUUUGAGUUGGAACUUCCUACAAUCAUUUGCGUUAAUGAAAAAAGUUUAUUAAUCAGAUUAAGACGAUGUCCAAAAAGCGACCAAGUUUCCAUUGUUCCAUUAAAUGGAUUACCGUUAAAAAAACGUAAACGAAUUUAUCCUAUAGCCCCGACAACAUUCAAUGUUUCCAAUGAAGUAGACAAUUGGAAUAAUGCAUUGAUUUAUGACCUUCCGUUUGCACAAUAUUCCCAAGCUACUCGCAAAUCUCGAUUAAAAGCCACACUUAAAUCCCCAUUAAUGAAAGUUAGACAUAAAUUUAGAUUUGUAUUGAUGUUUGAAGAUGAAAAUGAAAAUGAUUUGGAAUUAAAUUCUUUAUUGGCAGAGCUUUUUGGAGUUAUCAAUUUACCUUCUUAUGAUGAUACUUUCAUGGAAAUUUCACCAAUCACACAUUCGGAAAUUACAAAUGUAGAUAAUGAAAGAAAUAAUGAAAGUGGGGUAAAUGAACCAAUGUUAGAAAAUAAUUCACAUACAAAAGAUUCUGGUACUUCAACAUCAGAUCCACCUUCAGUUUCUUCUAGUCGUCGUGAACUUUUAUUUGAAGAAAGUCCGGAUACUUCAUUAGCAUCAAUUGAACAAGUAAAUGCAAGUUAUUACUUGAACAUGCCCGAUGAAGAUGAUUUGGAUGGGAGUUCAGCUUUUGUGAUUCGUAGUGAACCCAAUAGUCCUAAAUUAAGUGGAAUUCCAGGAACCUUUGCAGCCUUAAAUGAUCUAUCGUCUAACGUUGAAAAUAAUAAUCAUAAUUUAUCAUUAUCUAACGUAUUUCAUGGUAAAAGUUUCUGUUCCAAAGCUAUUUCAAAAUCACAUAGAAGGUCUGUGAGUCUUGAUUCAUCUGUGGUUGUUGAAUCAUCUUCAACUUUGAAUGGCAUUGGUUCAUCUAAAACACAUUAUCUCUAA